GGUCGGAUGAGGAGAGCGCCUCCACUCGCACCUCUCAUUUUGUACACCACCACAUAUUUUGUGUAAUUAAAUGCUGUUAACUUUUAUAAGCUUCCCUUGACUCUUUUCAGUCUCUCCUGCCUUCAGGAUUCUAGAAUACACUAACAUUUGGCGUCACUGGGUGGACUCUGAAGCGGGAUAGAGCUGGAAGAGAGGGGAAGGCUGCAAACUAACUAGCAUCACACUAGGCUGCAGAAAAUGAGUUUUUGGCUGGGCCUAAACGAAAGGUAAUUAGUGUGGAGAAGAUCGACCUCAGCCUUUCUUUGAACAUUGUUCAAAAGGCUCUGUAGUAAAUGUGAAUGUGGAAGUGUAAGGGGUGUCCAGUUGCUGUAGCAAGUAGGUCUGCACUACUUACACAUUAUAAACUUGAGCAUCCACAUUUUGGACGCACCAUUCACUAUCCAUGUACAUAUUUGAAAUGCCCAUGCACAUUUAAGACAUGGAAUGCUUUAAUUGUACACCAGAGUAAAGUGCAUUCCACACAAGUUAGUCAGACCCAAAAAGAGUUAUCUACUUUCAGUUGUCACAUAUGUAAGUGCAAUAAUGUAUCUAAUGAAAGGGAGUACUUUGUUCAUAUCAACAAACAUCUGAGAAAAAGUGAAAAUGUCCCUUGCAUGUUUGUUGGCUGUAGUUUUCAAACUAGUAUUUACGGAACAUUUAAGUCCCAUAAGAGUCGUCGACACACCUCACACCUUAACUGAUUUUGCACCUGGUAUUGUGAAAACAACUACAUUAGCAUCAUCAUCAUCAUCAUCCUCAUCAUCAUCAUCAUCAUCAUCAUUACAUGAUUCUUUUGAUCAUUGUCAGGAUGAGGAAGAGGACAUUUAUGUGACAUCCUUAGAUCAUAAAAGCCAGGACAACGCACUCCCAAGAAUUGUUGAGCAGCAGCUUGCAGCAGCGUUGUUGAAGUUGGAGUAUUUACUGCAUGUGCAAGGUACAGCAAUUGAUGAAAUUCUGCAAGAACUCUACUACUUACUAAGCUCAGCAUCAGUCCCACUUUCCAGAGGUUUAGUAAGUGAGAUCCUUGAGCAUCAUAACGUCCAAGUGGAUGACUCUGUAGUGACUGAAAUCGCCACAGCAGUUUGUUCAUCUAACCCAGUUCAUAAAGCAAUUGAAAAAGGUGGCCCACUUAGCACUUCGUAUCAACGUAAACAAUUUUACAAAAAUAAAUUCAAUGUUGUGGAACCAAUCACCUACAUACUUGAUCGUAAAAACAAUCACACUUUUCAGUAUGUCCCAUUGUUAAAAUCCUUAAAUAAAAUAUUCAAUUGCAAAGUCAUUCUUGAAAAGAUUAUUGAAAGCCAUUGUGGACAGCAGGACAUAGAAAUUGACCCAUCGUUUGAAUUCAGGUCCCCCGAAAAUGGUUUGCAUUUUAAAGAGAACAGCUUUUUGAAUGCUGAGGAAUUACGUAUAUCACUGCGUCUGUAUGUGGAUGAUUUUGAAACUUGCAAUCCCUUAGGCACCUCUCGAAAGAAACAUAAGCUUUUUGGUGUUUACUGGGUAUUAGGUAACCUUCCACCUGGCUCUCACUCAUCUUUAUCAUCAAUUUUUCUUGCAUUACUUUGCAAAAUUGUUGAUGUAAAAACAUGGUUUUCACAAAGUAUUAGAACCUUUUCUGCAAGAUCUUAAAACUCUGGAGGACCAUGGUGUGUAUGUCCCUUUGUUAGGCAAGUCUCUUAGAGGUACAGUGCAGAGUGUUAUUGCAGAUAACUUAGGGGCGCACAGUAUUGCAGGCUUCACUGAAAGUUUUUCAGGUGACUUCUUCUGUCGGUUUUGCACUGCAAAAAGUUGUGAUACUAGAUCUGACUGUGUUGCAUCUGGUGCUUUUAGCUUGAGAACUAAAGAGGUUUAUAAAGCUCAUUUAAAAACUGCUCUUGAGAAUAAUGCGCAUUGCUUUGGAGUUAAAAGAGAGUGUGUUCUAACCAAAAAUCUGUCUCAUUUUCAUGUUGUCACUGGUUUUCCCCCGGACAUUGCUCAUGAUUUAUUUGAGGGUAUUGUCCCGGUCGAGCUGGCCUACUGCUAGUCAUUGAUGACAUCAAAUAAGUUAUUUACACUAGAGGGCCUGAAUAAAGCUAUAUUGGCUUUUCCCUAUAAAUGGUCAGACAAAAGAAAUAAACCACAUGUUGUACCACAGAGUCUUUCGGGUCGUAAAACUAUUGGAGGUAAUGCCCAUGAAAAUUGGAGUCUACUGAGGUUUCUCCCAUUUUUGAUUGGACACCUAGUGCCAGAAAAUGAGCCAGCAUGGCACAUAUUGAUGGAAUUAAAAGAUAUUGUUGAGCUAGUUGUUGCUCCCGUGCAUACAGAUGAAUCAAUAUCGUACCUCGAAAGCAAAAUAGUUGAGCAUAGACAGAGGUACGAAGAGCUAUUUCCCGGUGUCAGACUUCUACCCAAGCACCACUAUCUCGAGCACUACCCUCAGAUGAUAAGGUAUUUUGGCCCUCUAGUCACACUCUGGACAAUGCAAUUUGAAGCCAAACAUAGUUUCUUCAAGACGAUUGUAAAGCAUACAAGUUGCUUUAAGAAUAUACCUCUCACUUUGGCUUCAAAACAUCAAUUUAUGAUUGCUUUCCAACUAAACUCACCAUCCUAUGGUCAAUUUAGCCGUGAUGUAUCAAGUGUAUACACAGUAGCAGUUGAUGUACUUAAAGAGGAAGUGGUUCAAGCUGUUAGGUCAAAACACCCCAACACGUCUGAAGUGCAUCUUGCCAAUAAUGCAUCAAGUGGUGGCAUAGCCUACAGCAAAGGUAUGAUAGUGGCACAUGGAUCAGUUAGUGGAAUGCCAGAGUUUGCUGAAAUCAUUCAUAUGUUUGUUAGAAAUUAGGAGUUGUCCCUCAUUGUGAAAGUGCUGUGUGGGUGGUACAGUGCACACUACAGAGCCUUUGAACUAAGUUUGUCACCGUCAAGAGAGAUCAAAGUUGUGGCACUCAGUGAACUCACUGACCCCUAUCCUCUAGCUGAUUAUAUGGUUGGAUCAAGUCGCAUGGUCGCAGGCAUAUCCUCAUAAAAGAGAAAGAAGUGGAAGGAUGAAUUCCCUGGCCAUUCUUAAAGUAAUCCUGGGUGACAACAGCAGCCAAAGAGUGACUUUUCCAAAUGGACUUCCUGGAUCUGUAACUGAACUUGUUAGCGAAGUACAAAGACAAUGUGGUCUCGAAUCAAACUUCAAACUUCAAUUUAUGGAUCCACUAUUUGGAAAUGACUUUAUGAAUCUAACUUCAAUCGAUGAAGUACAGGACAGAGGGACCAUCAGAGUCCUCUUCAUGGCAGAGCACUUAACUACCAAGUGUUCAAGUAGCCUUUCCACUUCAGCUACCGCUUAUGAUGCUGGAGAAUCCUCAUCCUUGACUAGUGAGUGUGUUGACACUGAAGUACUCUCCUCAACAGAAUCCCCUGGAUCAAGGUCAGUUUGGCCCAGCAUCUUCCCUGUUCCUCAUUUUUGCUAUGAUGCAGAAUUGAAACUUGAGCGGGGUAAUGCAACCUAUAUCGAAAAUGGUACCUCACUUCUUCCAGAUUUUAAACUGAGGUCGAACAUUCUUCAAGGACUGGUGCAAGAAAUAGUUCGGUACAAAGUUUAUGUCAGUGAUGGGCAGUUUAACAUGGUUGGAAUGGCCCUCAUCUCAAAACAUCCCUGCCUGACUGAGAAAGGCUCCCUUACUGGAUAUGCUGGUUGGAAAGCUAGCUUAAAGAAUAAACUGGCCAUCUACCGCGCUCAGUUGAGAAAGCUUGGGUGUCCUGAGGUGAUGGUUAAUUCUGUUACGCAAAGACCAGAGGGCAAAUCAAGUCCUGCUUUUGGAAUAAAAAAAACAAAGCGUUCAGAAGUAAACUACUGCCCCCCUUUAUCCUAUUGGAGAAUCUGACGUGAGCCUUGAGAGUCUGAGAGUGGAGCUUCUAUCAGAUGUUAAGAAGAGGAACAACAGGGAGGUGGUUAAGAGGAAAAUGGAAAAGACGUUUGCAUACAGGAGAUAUGAAGUGGUACGUGACGCACCCAAGGUACAAGACUUUCAUGCAAGAUGGCCAGCUCUCUUUGAUAUAAAUAAGAUAAACACGGAGUUUAAGCGCAUAACAACCCUGCCCCUCCAAUCGAGAUUUCUCUCUCAGCUGGAUGUGUUUUCUGACAAACUUCAGAAGAGAUGAGAGGAGGACCGAUGGGCCAGCGUCUGAACGGUUGAUGAUGUCGAUUUAGGGCGGGAAUGUCCUCUGAAGGGGCUGUGUGUGCACCUCAAUGAGGACCCAGAAGAUCUGCUGAGAGAGUUUGUGGCAGAAGAUGAAGAAGUCCUUCUGCGGUCCAUUGAGGGGAUUACAGUGGGACUUCAUGUUGUCAAACCCAAUUCCACCAUGAGAGCAGAGGAUAUUGGGAUUGUCCUGGAAGGCCAACAGGUACUAACCGAUGUGGACAACAUUGCAUUAGCUGCUACCAUGCUGUUCGGACUCAUGUAUGUGAUGAACCUGAACUACCCCCCUAAACUGAAGUACACGUUCGAAGUGCUCCAGAAUUUUUUUAUGGAGCUAGAAGGCAACAUGCUCUCCAAGAAAGCCCAAUCGUUAAAAAACAAACUAUUUGAGUGAGCUGUUGCCAUGGACCAUUGCUGAUUGGUCCACCUGAAGAUACAGCAGUAUUUCAGCUGCAGCCAUGCAGUCCAUCUGCCCUCUCAUCGACCUCUCCUACUCCAAACUCUGUGUCUGUGGUAGAAGAUCUGAUCUGUUAUUCUGUGUUGUACAUUUGUUUUCAUUAUUGUAAAGCUAAGCUAAUGUAACCUGUCUUGAGGACACGCUUUGUUUUGUUGGAGUGAGAAACCCUUUUUGUUUGAACCCCUUUUCCUCCUGUUUUUCUGGUAGGAGUUAGGUAAGAAGCCUGACUUUUUUUCUUUUUUUUCCCGACUGCCCCGGUGAGAUGAUAGUGAACUGUUCAUGAACUUGUCAUGAAAAGUUCAUGGAAUAUUAGUGAACCAUAUUCAUGAACAGCUCAUAAACAGCUCAUAACAAAGUUGAUGAACUGUUCAUGAAAGUUCCAUGAACAUUAAAUGGCACUAGGGCAGUUCAUGAACUACUCAUGAAACUCCUGUUCUGGAAUGGUUCAUGAACAAUUCAUGGAAUAUGGUU